AAGUUACUUCUGCUGUUGGCCUGUGUGAUGGUCUCUGUUUGGGCAGAGGUCUCCAACUCUAUAUUUGACUCAUCAUUAGAUGAAGGUUGGAAGAGCUGGAAAUCAUUCCAUCAGAAGCAAUAUGAGGAGAAUGAUGAAAAUGAUAGAAGAAAGAUUUGGGAGAAAAGCAUGGAAUUCGUUACGAAACAUAACCUAGAGCAUUCAAUUGGAAAACAUACAUUUACCGUAGGAAUGAAUCAGUUUGGAGACAUGACCAUGAAGGAGUUUGCACAACUUCUUAAUAAAUUCAACAAAAAAGAAACGGGGAACUCGACUUAUAAAGGGUUUACAGCUCAGGCCAACACUGAACUUCCAUCCUUUGUUGACUGGCGUCCUAAAGGCUAUGUUACUCAUGUGAAGGAUCAGGGACAAUGUGGCUCCUGCUGGGCUUUCAGUACAACCGGUGUUCUCGAGGGGCAGGUGUUUAAGAAAACUGGAAAGCUCAUUUCCCUCAGUGAGCAGUACCUGAUGGACUGCAGCAGAGAGGUGGGAAACCAUGGCUGCAAAGGUGGAUACAAAGUGCAAUCCCUUCUAUUUAUCAAAGAAAAAGGCAUCAGUUCAGAGCAAUCCUAUCCUUACACUGCAAAGGACGGGGAGUGCAAAGUCAACAGAAACGAUAAUGUUGCCACGUGCAAGGGUGUCAGGAUUAUUCAGAAAAAUUCGGAGACAGAUUUAGCCACAGCAGUGGCCACAGUGGGACCGAUCUCGGUUUCUAUCGAUGCAGAGCACAGGUCGUUCAUGCUGUACAAAUCAGGUAUAUUUUAUGAACCUCGCUGCAGUUCUGACCAACUGGAUCAUGAGGUGUUGGCCGUUGGGUAUGGGACUGAAAAUCAGAAGCCCUAUUGGAUUGUUAAAAACAGUUGGGGGACAAGUUGGGGCAUGGAAGGAUAUGUCCACAUGUCCAAGGAUAUGGAUAACAACUGUGGAAUUGCAACCGAUGCGAUUUAUCCAGAGGUGUGAUGCUUGCAUGUGAUGGAUGGAGACAGCGAGAAUCAGAAUCCAGUCACCUGACGCUAUUGAAGCAAUGUAUUAUUGAUAAUCGCAUAGCCAUGCCUUGCCUAUCUAAUUUUAAGCUCUAUGAGGAUAAAAUAAAGUGCAUGUAAACAUUCCCGUUGGAAGGAUUGUAAACAGUUUUUAGAAUCAGUG